GUUGAGUCAGAAGAUGGCGGAAGCACCCCCACGGCCCAGCCGGUUUUUCUGUCACCGAUGCUCAACAGAGAUCAGCCCUCUUCUCCCGGAUUACACCUGUCCGCGGUGUGAGUCGGGCUUCAUCGAGGAACUGCCGGAGGACAGAAGCGCCGAAAAUGAAUCUACCUCUACUGCCUCCACCAGCAGCACCAGCACUCAGAGCCAGCACCCGUUCGAGAGCGUGGACCAGCACAUGUUUACUUUCCCCCCCGGGUACGGGCAGUUCGCGCUGGGCAUCUUCGACGAGAGCUUCGACUUCGGGCUGCCGUCGGAGGACAACCGCGAGACGGAGAACCGGCGAGAGAGGGAGCAGGCGUACCGGCAGCGGUACGGCGCCCGGCAACCGCGGGGGCGCCACGUGCCACGGCGACAGGCGGGAAGGCACGAGGGAGUGCCCACGUUAGAAGGAAUUAUUCAGCAGCUAGUGAAUGGAAUUAUCGCACCAACAGCAAUGCCCAACUUAGGCAUGGGACCCUGGGGCAUGCUACACUCAAACCCGAUGGACUACGCAUGGGGGGCCAAUGGACUUGAUGCAAUUAUUACACAGUUAUUAAAUCAGUUCGAGAACACGGGUCCACCGCCAGCAGACAAGGAGAAGAUCAAAAGCCUGCCGACAGUCCAAAUCACAGAGGAACACGUAGGUUCAGGGCUAGAAUGUCCUGUGUGUAAAGAAGACUACAGUGUAGGAGAAAAUGUUAGGCAGCUUCCUUGCAAUCACUUGUUUCACAAUGAUUGUAUAGUACCUUGGUUGGAACAGCACGACACGUGUCCAGUGUGCAGGAAGAGCUUAAGCGGAGAGAACACAGCCACGGAUCCCCUGGGGCUAUCAGGAAUGAACUUCUCCCCUUCUUCCUCAUCAUCCUCCUCUUCCUCUUCCUCGAGCUCACCCAGCAAUGAGAACACUGCCAACAACUCCUAAAACUCACUCAGCCCCCCCCACCCUCCACCUCUCCCCCUCCUCUGCAGCACCCUCUUCACCCCCCCUCAUCCGGCACUUCUGCACCGGGGGGCCCCAAAGGCUUGGCCGGGGAUUCGCGUGAAGUGAACCGCAACGGCGACAACGUGAAGCUCUGUCCCAUUUUUACUGUGAACUUGAGAGCAAACGGUCUUCCUCCGCCUGUGGAGAAUCUGACCUUUGACCCCAGCAGGGAGAGCGCGGAGAGGUCAUGAGGAGCUGAAGACAGAGCCAGUCAGGCCGAGGGGUUGAGCCUUCACUGGGAGGGAGGGGGUUAAAUACGUGAAUCAGCAAUGGACCAGUACUGUUCUGAACUGAACUGAACUGAAGGAGCUAUUUUUUAUGACUCUCUGUGUUUGGUGGACAUGGCAGGACACUUGUUUUACAUACAAAGGAUUUUUUUUUUUGUAAAAUCGAAAACCCUCCCUCGGCAGUACAGCUAUUAGUGGCAAAAUGGAAAUGUAUGUGUACAUAGUUUAUGUGUUCACAUUUUAACCAGAAAAAAAGCUCUUCAUCAGUGCAGGCAAGGGAUCACAGAAUAUCCUGAGGGAGGGGGGAGUGGGGGAGGAGUGUUGGGCGAGCUGGACAACUGAGUGUGUGUAUUUGAUUUGCACAAAAUAUAUAUAUACACAUAUUUUUUUCCCCAAAAAGUUAAUAGACAAUACGUAAUACUGUGCUUUUAAAGGUAGUUUGGUCAAUUGAAAAAAAGGAACAAAAACAACAAAAAAAAGCAGUGUUUCACUUCACCCAGUGCGUCAGUCAGUGUCUGAGCCCCUCCCACACAGGCAGUAGCACAGGGAUCGCUGCUAAAACCCCAAUUUUGAAACAGUGCUGAAUUUCUCUGCAUCUCCCUCAGUUUCCCCAACUGUAUUUCCAAAAACAGGUUUUCACGGGUUGAUGUCUUAACAACAAAGAAGAAAAAAAAUCUCUAUUGCCACCAGAAUAAUAGUCAGAU